AUGAGCACAGAAGCACAAUUCAUUUUUGAAGAUGAUCAAGGUGGACAAAGAGAUGAGACUAGAGCUGAACUGAUGAAAGUUGAUCAGUAUGCUCCUCAGAUCAAGAUUUUGACAACCCUUGGUCAGUAUUUACAAUACCAAGUUGAUCACCAGCAAGCCUCUGAUGAGAUUAACGAGGAAUCCAGUAUUCAGAGAAGGGAAAAAAAUAAGAAGAAAAAAGCGUAUACAUUAUAUUCACAUAUUGAUAAGUUCAACUUCAUUCACCAUAUGAUUGUGAAGUGUCUCAAAACAAUUGCUCUAGUUGCUAGGUUAUAUAAUAUUAAUCCUCGAAAAGAUCAGCGCUGGUGGGCUAAAGGAUAUGUCAAAAAGCUAAAUAUCGAGCACAAAGACUUUCUGGUGGAGCUAUUCGAUAAAGGUCCAGCUGCAACCAUCGAGGACGCUAUUGAGGAGUUGUCGGCUAAUUUUGAAGGAAUUGAAAUUGGUUCAACCACGGUUCAUGAUUUCUUGAAAAUUGAUAUGAAUUUCACUUUUAGAAGAGCUACAUUUCAUGCUGAAUAGAGGAAUAAUGAAAAAAACGUGGAGGAGAGAUACAAAUGGGCUACUGAGAUUGCCAAUUCAGAUGUCAAUUUCCUUAGAAAUUGCAUCUUUAUCAACGAAUAUGGUUUCCACGUUAAUUUGAAGCGUACUGGUGCUUGGGGACCUAAGGGGACCUAAGGGGAAAACACCUGUAAUAGAAGUUGAGAAUUCUUAUGCUGUGUCUCAUACCAUUUUAGGGGCUAUUUCUAUCUAUGGUGUGAUUCAUACUAGCGUAAGAAUGCCUAGUCUUCCCAUCUCUCAGCUUGUGCCUGUCUCAGUAGGC